AUGCCUGUAGCUACGAAUACGGAGAGAAAGCAGUCUGCUGGGUCUCUUGGGUCUGAAAACAUUGAUACGGAUAUUAUCACGUUGCCCAGGUUCAUACUGGAGUCACAACGGAUGCAUAAGAAUGCCAAGGGUGAUUUCUCAAUGGUAUUGAGUGCUUUACAGUACGCUUUCAAGUUUAUAUCGCAGACAAUUAGGAAAUCUGAGUUGAUUCAUCUGAUUGGUAUCACUGGUGACACGAAUUCGACUGGGGAUCAGCAGAAGAAACUGGAUGUGCUUGGUGAUGAGAUUUUCAUAAAUGCAAUGAAGACGAGUGGGAUCAUUAGGGUUGUGGUCUCCGAGGAGCAAGAACAUUUGAUCUUGCUCGAGGGGAACGAGGCCAAGUAUGCGAUCUGUUGUGACCCGAUCGAUGGGUCCUCAAACCUCGACGCUGGUGUUUCAGUAGGUACAAUUGUCUCGAUCUUUAAGAUCCUGCCCGGGUCAGAAGGUGAUGAGAAAGAUGUUCUGAGAAGUGGUACAGAGAUGUGCGGUGCCUGUUACGCAAUGUACGGUGCGUCGACUCAUCUCAUGGUCACCAUGGGACAAGGUGUAGAUGGAUUCACUCUGGAUAAUAACUUGGGUGAGUUUAUACUCACGUACCCAAAUUUACAAAUCCCAGCAAACAGAGCUAUUUACUCGGUCAACGAGGGGAACUCACCUUACUGGGUUGAAUCCACUAGGAGUUUCAUCGAGUCCCUCAGGACCCACAAAGUCGACCCAGUGACUGGUGCCGAGACGAAGGCGUACUCGGCCAGGUACGUCGGGUCCAUGGUCGCUGACGUACACCGUACAUUCCUGUAUGGUGGGAUCUUCACGUACCCUAGUGACAAGUACCACCCAAACGGGAAGUUGAGACUGCUGUACGAGGCGUUCCCCAUGGCGAUGCUAGUGGAGCAAGGGGGUGGGAAGGCCGUCGAUGACCACGGCGUCAGAAUCCUAGACUUGAAACCAACUCAUAUACAUGACAAGACAUCCAUUUGGAUCGGGUCCCCCAACGAGGUAGACAAGUACCUGAUGCACAUUGGCAAGUUGUAA